CAGGAGAAGAAAUUCGACACAUUCAGAAUCACACUGGGCCAAACCGACCCGAAAGGGACCAGACUGAGGGAUUUGGGGAUAAAGAAAUAUCAAAUUUAUCUCAAUUUUAAAUGUAAAUAAAUUGUGGCAUAUUUUUAGUUCCACGUGUGAUUUUUUUUUUUUGGCACAAAAGCGGCCCACCAACUGGUAAUUGUCAUCAAUCCUUCGCUCUGUGGGACAAGAAGAGCAGAAAUGGAAAAAAUGAACGGUUUCUCGCGGAAACGGAACAUCCUGUGCCUGUUUGACGUGGACGGCACCCUGACACCGCCGAGAGAAAAAAUCGACCCAAAGCUUGAUGAAUUUUUUCAGACUCUGAGAAGAAAAGUAAAGAUCGGCAUUGUUGGAGGGUCAGACUAUCCCAAGAUUGCAGAGCAGCUUGGAGAAGGAGAUGAUGUCAUCCACAAGUUUGACUAUGUGUUUGCUGAAAACGGAACAGUUCAAUACAAAGAUGGAAAACUUGUCUCUAAACAUACCAUACAGAAUCACCUUGGCGAGGAGCUGCUGCAGGACCUGAUUAACUUCUGCCUCAGCUACAUGGGACUCAUCAAGCUGCCAAAGAAACGGGGAACUUUCAUUGAAUUCCGAAAUGGAAUGAUUAACAUUUCACCCAUUGGUCGGAGCUGCACAUUGGAGGAACGAAAAGAAUUUUCUGAAAUUGACAAGAGAGAGAAGAUCAGAGAGAAAUUUGUUGCUGCACUGAAAAAAGAGUUUGCUGGAAAAGGCCUUCGCUUUACUAAAGGUGGUCUAAUCAGCUUUGACGUUUUCCCUGAAGGCUGGGACAAAAGGCUGUGUCUGGACCUGCUGGAGGCUGAAGGCCUGGAGGCCAUCUACUUCUUUGGCAACGAGACCUCAGAUGGAGGAAAUGACUAUGAAAUCUUCAAUGACCCACGGACCAUCGGUUUCACAGUCUACUCCCCUCAGCACACAGCCAGGCUUUGUCGAGAGCUGUUCUUUGAUGCUUCACCACAAAUCUUCUCAUGUCCAGAUUCCUGCCCCACAAACCCCUCUGAACUGGAUCACAACAGAGUCCUUACCGGAGCCUGUUUAUGAAACAAUGAACGGCACAACUACUGAUCCCUCCAUAUUAUUAAUAUAAAGCUAAAUAUUAAUAAAGCAGAGGUGUUUUGACUAAGUAUGUUUGCUAAGUUGCACAAUUUUAUUAUUUUUCAAAGGGACAGAGACAGUGUUUCAUAUAAAGUACUGUGCCAAAAGUUGGGCUUGAUUUCUGUGAUAUGUAGCAUGAAGCCUGAGAGGAAGCAAAACCUUUACGAGAUUUAAAAACAGGAAUGUUAAAAGUGUACAAAGUCCUAUUUGCACUGCCAUGUUUUCAUGAGUGUUGAAAGUGAGAAGAGUGAUUGAGAUUUGAAGGUAUGUAAUCAUUUUAGUCUAAACAGGGGCCUUUCAUCCUCCAUGACCGAGGAAACGCAGAAGGGAACAUUCUGAGUAUUUUCAUGUGACAACUGGAGUUGAUAUUUAUUAUGUUUGUUUGUUUUACUUUACAAAUCACAUGGCAAAGAUGAAAAUGUACAUGUUUUUUUUCUUUAUUGUUAAUUAUCUUUAAAUGUAUAUGUAUAAAAACUUCAACAGUUUUAAAGUUUAAAAAAAGGAUUUAUUGUUGUUGAUGGAUUUUGAAACAAUAAGGAAAGUGUUUUCAGAACUUUUGUUACAGCUAUGCAUAUACAUAAGCAGUAACAAAACAUAAAGAACUACCAACUUUCAUUAUACUUACCUAAAAACAUUUAAAUGGUGACUAUUGCCUUAACAAACGUAUCAUGAAGAAGUUCAUGUGUAAUUUGUUGCUCCUUACAAAAACCUAACUACUUCUGGGAUUUUAUUGUAUCACUUAACUGUAAUUUCUGAAAGAUAAGUUAUAUCAGUUAUGACAAAAGAUGUCUGAUGUGUAAUUCUUGCAAUAAAUCAUUUGUGUAUAAACUUC